UCUAUUGUCACAUGGAACUCAGGAGGGUGAAACAUUGAGUUACUGAUAGAAGUAAACAUAACCAAAGCAUAUCGAAAAAAGACUAUGGAAUUGUGCAUUGUUUAGAGUCAAUUCAGUGCAAAUGGAAAUGACGAGAAGGAAAUUGUUCUAUGUCUCAGGAACUGUGUGCAGCCCUCAGAUAAGAAGUGACUUGUUCGUUGUGAGUAGAAAUGCAGGAAGUGUGCUCCAGUCAUAUUUCCUUUGACACAAGCAGCGAGCAUUAGGGAUGUAGACCAUCUACAGUCCACUGCCACGAAAAUUCAGAUACAUACAAAGCUCUUGCAUGAUUCUAUUGGAUGUACUUGUAUUAGAGAUCCACAUUGGAUAUGGGUAACAUCACAGUUUAUCAAAACAUUACAUGCGUUAACACACCGAAGAAUGUCACCUGCGAAUCGAUGUUUUCAAAACCUUUUUUUGAUGGUUUGAUAUUAUCGUUUACUGUCUCUGUUGUCAUUGGAUUGGCAAUCGGUGGUACAAUAUGGCUUCUACUGUCAUGCAUGUCCCGUCGUCGAGCCAGUGCAGCUAUAUCCCCAAGAAUGAAAAAUUCAUCUAGUCGCCGUCCUAGAACAUUGUCUCAAAACCAAGCCUUAAACAGAUCUGGAUUUUACCGCAAUAGUAGCUGUGAACGCAGGAGCAACCUCAGUUUGGCUAGUCUGACAUUUCAAAGACAGACAUCACAAGAGCAAAAUGACCCAUUUAAUCGGAAACCUAGCUUCAGAGCCUCCACAUUCCAUCCAUUCCUACAGUCACCUACUUUGCCAGUUGAAGCUGAAAGUCAAAUGGUUACACUUCCCAGAUCCAAUAGCACAUCGCCAACACUCAACAACACUAGCAAUCUCGGUCGUCCUGAGUUCCACUGGUCAAACAACAGCUUGCGUCUUGGUCACCCUACUCAUACACCACCACCUGCCUAUGAAAGUAUUAUUAAGGCUUUCCCUGAUCCUUGAAAAUUAUGUCUGGAUUGCUGGAUUGAACAGUUAC